AAAAAAUUCUUAACAAAAAAAGAGGCAAAUUUUUCGACCAAUGAGGAGACGUAUUCCUCCCUAAGCUCCAAUGCCUUGUCUGCUAAGCACCGCUGUCCCUCUGCGUCAAAGAGAAAACAAAGGUUGACUCACAGAUAGAUCUUGGGCCCCUCUCAGUCAUCUCUCUGUAAGCUUUCACGAUCAUUUUCUUUUGCUUUUUUCUCUGUUUCAAGAUCUGCAAAGGUUCUAUAUCAGUUUAGUUCUUUCUUUUCUUUUUGGUGUAUUUAAUGGAUAGCAAUUACGCAGCUAUUCCCAAGAGCUCAUAUGUAGAAUUACAAUUGCAUCAUGAUCCUGAGAUCCCAAUAAAUCCACGAAAAGCCCACCUCAAAUCGCUUCCUUUUAAUGAUGGGGAGAACUUUAGAGAUCCCAGGAUCGAGAAUGCUAAAAUUUUAGUUGAUGAUGGUGAUGGUAGUGGUGGUGGGGUUGAUGAUGACGAUUUUGAUAUCGAUAAUUAUCCACUUGUUCUUGCCAAAUCCAAUAAUGGGUCUGGGAUUUAUGGUGCAGUUUUUAAUCUCACCACAUCGAUUAUUGGGGCAGGGAUUAUGGCCUUGCCAGCUACAAUGAAGGUUCUUGGAUUGGUUUUAGGGGUUGUGUUGAUAAUUCUCAUGGGUAUUCUGUCUGAAAUUAGUGUUGAAUUAUUAGUUAGGUUUUCGGUACUUUGUAAGGCUUCUUCCUAUGGUGAAGUUGUUCAAUGUGCUUUAGGAAAAACUGCGAAGGUUUUUUCUGAGAUUUGUAUAAUUGUGAACAAUGCAGGUGUUCUGGUUGUGUAUUUGAUAAUUAUAGGUGAUGUUAUGUCAGGAUCUCUCCAUCAUAUGGGGGUUUUUGAUCAAUGGUUAGGGCAUGGGGUGUGGGAUCAUAGGAAGUUGGUGAUUCUGGUUGUGGUGGUGGUUUUUCUUGCACCCCUUUGUGCUCUGGAUAAGAUUGAUUCAUUGAGCUUAACUUCAGCUGCUUCAGUGGCUUUGGCUCUUGUCUUUGUUGUGGUAUGUUUUAUUGUUGCUUUUAUUAAGCUAGUUGAAGGAAAAAUUGAGGCUCCAAGAAUGACUCCGGAUUUUGGUUCAAAGAAGGCCAUUUUGGAUUUGCUUGUGGUCAUUCCCAUCAUGACAAAUGCUUAUGUUUGCCACUUUAAUGUUCAGCCUAUAUAUAAUGAACUCGAAGGGCGGUCAACUCGGAAGAUGAAUCGAGUGGGGAGAAUUACAACUGCUCUUUGUAUUACUGUUUAUGCUUCAACUGCCGUAUCGGGUUAUUUACUCUUUGGGAAGGAUACAGAAGCUGAUGUGCUGACCAAUUUUGACAUGGACCUUGGUAUUCCUUUUAGCUCUGCGUUGGAUUAUAUUGUUAGGGUAGGGUAUAUUCUUCAUUUGGUUCUUGUUUUUCCUGUUAUUCAUUUCUCUUUAAGGCAAACAGUGGAUGCCAUGGUGUUUGAGGGAUCAGCUCCACUUUCAGAGAGCAGGAAGAGAUCUUUAGCCGUAACAGCAGUACUAUUGGGACUGAUUUAUUUUGGCUCUACCAUGGUGCCCAACAUUUGGACGGCUUUCAAAUUCACAGGGGCAACUACAGCAGUCUCAUUAGGUUUUAUAUUUCCAUCGCUUGUUGCAUUGAGAUUAAGUCAUCGAGGUGAGGGUUUGAGCCAUGGAGAGAAGUUGUUGUCAUGGUUUAUGCUAAUUAUGGCAAUAAUAGUUAGCAUUGUCGGUGUAAUUGGAAAUAUUUAUACUCUCAAAAGCCAAUCCAACUGAUAUUCAUCGUAGUUGAUGUGUUGGUAGUUUCUAUGAAGAAAGCUUUGCCAAUUUCCUCCAAAGUCAAGUGGGUGAUACCUUUUAUCUGGGGCCUAAUAAUUUUCAAACAAUCAAGUCAUAUUAGGAAAUGGAUGCAACCUUGGCAAAAUAUUGUUUCAGAUUGCAAGUGUCCUGAUGUUUGAGAUAUUGUGACUUCUCAGAGCAACUAUGACAAGCUGGUUAAGCAUUUGAAGAAUGUUCAGGUAAGUACUUUAUAUGGACAACCACCACGUCAGCUGGUGCAGUAUUUUUUUUUUGUAAUUUCUUUCGCCGCUAAUAUUGUUUUAACUAUAUUCUUCAGCAGCAACAAUGCUGCUAAAGUGAAUUUUACCAGAAUUUAUGUAGAAUCAUUUUACAAUUAAUAAAGUGUAUUGCAUUUAUGAUUCAACAACACUU